AUGGGGUCCUAUGAUGGCAUGAAAUCUUUGAGACCUGAUUAUCCUUGUGAUGACAACCAUAAGCAUGUUUCUGAGGAGCUAAUUGUGAACGUUCCGAAGACCAAGAAAACCUACUGCAAAAACAAGGAGUGCAAGAAGCACACCCUUCACAAGGUCACUCAAUACAAGAAGGGUAAGGACAGCCUGUCUGCCCAGGGAAAGCGUCGUUAUGACAGGAAGCAGUCGGGAUAUGGUGGUCAGACCAAGCCCGUUUUCCACAAGAAGGCAAAAACCACCAAGAAGAUUGUGCUGAAGCUGCAGUGCCAGAGCUGCAAGCACUACUCCCAGCGCGCCAUCAAGAGGUGCAAGCAUUUUGAGAUCGGUGGAGACAAGAAGGGCAAGGGAACAUCCCUCUUCUAG